AUGUCAAAUUCAACAGAAACGGAAAGUCUUUUUUCGGAUAUUUUGGUUGGCAAGUUACGCAAACGAGUGAUGGUCUUCAGUACAGCUUCUUAUCAGUUUCUGUCGAAGAUAAAGCGGCUUAUAGUCAAGCAGCAGGGCCCCACUCUUAAACAUCGAAACACCAAUGGAUUGUAUUCUGGUGAUGAGAUUGUGUCUUUACAAUCAAUACUAAACAGUCUUGUUGAUAAUUAUUUGUCAUCAAGACCUUCUACUCUUCCCCAGUUAUCGUCAAGGAAACCAAAGGCUGUUUCGAUCGAAGACGGUAAUCAGGGAAUUGGAGCGUUGAUCCCAUCCCACACUCAUGAUCCCAUCCCAUCCCAUACUCAUGAUCCCAUCCCAUCCCAUACUCAUGAUCCCAUCCCAUCCCAUACUCAUGAUCCCAUCCCAUCCCAUACUCAUGAUCCCAUCCCAUCCCAUACUCAUGAUCCCAUCCCAUCCCAUACUCAUGAUCCCAUCCCAUCCCAUACUCAUGAUCCCAUCCCAUCCCAUACUCAUGAUCCCAUCCCAUCCCAUACUCAUGAUCCCAUCCCAUCCCAUACUCAUGAUCCCAUCCCAUCCCAUACUCAUGAUCCCAUCCCAUCCCAUACUCAUGAUCCCAUCCCAUCCCAUACUCAUGAUGCCAUUUCACUCAGAUGA